AUGAAUAAUGGCGAGGUUCGCGUCGCUGGGGAGGUCAAUCGUAUGAUUCAAAGCGAAGUAAGUGCGUUAUACUCACGUCUAGAACCUCUUCGUAUACAGAUUCGCUUUCCUUCGUUUGCACCUGUGAAUCUCCCUAUGGUCUUAGUAUUAGGGAAUCACUCGUCAGGGAAGAGCACAUUUAUCAAUCACAUGCUAAAGCAGAGCGUACAAAAGACUGGACGGGCACCGACUGAUUGUACCUUUACGGUACUUGCUGGUGGAGUAAGAGAGGAGAGAUUGGAUGGGGCAGCACUUAUGCGUCAUGCACAAUACGGAUUUGGAGACGUGGAGCGACUCUUUGGUCGAGAAUUCGUGUCUCAAGUGGAGCUUAAAGUAGUGGCUGGCAGUCAGUUACUGGAUGAAGGAGGACUUAUGAUUGUGGACUCACCUGGGAUGAUCGAUCCACCUGGAACAUCACUGGAUCGCACGGACGAGGACCGUGGCUAUGACUUUAAACGAGUGGUUCAGUGGUUUGCGGACCGAGCAGACGUGAUCCUCGUCAUGUUCGACCCGGAUAAACCUGGUACGACAUUUGAGACACUGGAUGUGCUGACCAAGUCAUUACAGGGAAUGAGUAGCAAGGUGCUGCUUAUUUUGAACAAGGUGGACGACUUUCAGACGGUCCACGAUUUUGCCAGAGCUUAUGGAGCUCUGUGCUGGAACUUGAGUAAGGUUAUUGGACGCAAGGACUUGCCAUUCAUUUACACAAUGUACGUGCCACAGGAUAAACGGAAAGCAGCGUCUGACGCUCAGAAGAAUAGCGAGAUGAUGUUUAACGUGCCCAAGAUGCUGGAGCAUGAGUUUGAUGGAAUACGCGGCGAAGUGAUUCGCGAAGUGGAACGAGCACCAGACCGUGCCACGGACAAUGUUUUGAAUUUGCUGAGGGCGACGGCGUUGAGGCUGAAGAUGCAUUUGACGCUGAUUGAAGCCUGCAAGAAGGAGUAUCUUGACCUGCGCACGUUCUGGAAGCGCGCACAGAUUGCAGGUGUCGUGGCAGGAGUAGGUUUCACAACGUUCUAUUUGAUCCGCACGGUGGGCUCGUCGGCCCCCUUAGAAGCGUUGUCAGUGGAUGAUUUGGCACCGACCGUGUCGCCAGCAGCUUCGUCGACGGCUGCAACCUCUGUAAAGACCUCCUCCCAGACGUGGGAAAGUAAUUGGUCCAAGCAAGUAGCGCGCUCGCAUUCACUGUUUAAGUUUAGCACGUUUUUCAAGAUUGUGCUGACAUCGUGCAUGUCAAACCUUGCGCUUUGGAAGGCGUCAGUACUGAACCUGGAGUUUAAAGGUAAAAGUGUUCUGCAAUGGCUUCCGCUUACGUUCCAGCGUGUUUACGGUCCCUUCCUGUGCAAGUCUGAUCGAGCACGCGACGAAAUCAUGACGCAGUGGAAUGCCGUGCGACCAGGUGUUGAGCUGGCUCUGUCGUCUACGGAGCUUGAGGCGUUUCCUACGAUCGAGACGAUGCACAAAACGUUUUUGGACGAUGUCUUGAAUCUGCAUGUCCCGCGGCUGAAUCGCUGUGUGCGCGACCGCACGGGAGAUGAUCAUGCCUAUCUUCGUUUCAAACAUCACAACAUGUCGGCGUCAAGCAAAGCUGACGCAAGCACAGCAUUGUCAACGGAGUCAAAGUAA